CGUCUCGCAGCGCUGCAGCCGAUGUUCAGCGAUCGCAAGGCUUCAUUCAAAACGCCGCCCUCGGCGGUCAAAGAAACGCACGCCUCUCAAGAGGUGCGGCGGAAUCGAGCGCUAGAGGAGCAGAAACGGCGUCGCGCAGAGCGCAUAGACUCCAGUAGACAACUAGACAUCUUCGCGGACCUCAGCUUGGGACUGUCCGACGACGAGGCAGGCGAGAAUGACGACCCGAAUGCUCAGCCAAACAUCGUUCGCCAGGGUAUCACCCCAUUUGCACCCAUGUUGCCUCACACAGCGACCCAUCCGGUGCCCGCUCCCAGUACUAGUGAGUCCGCGCAGCCUCCUGCCCCAGAGAGCAGCAUGACGCAAGAAAAGAAGCGCUCAAAGAAUAAGCGCAAAGGCAAGGGGCGCGCGCCGCAGCACCAGCAGGACGUUAGCAUGGCGCAAGAUUCCGGCGCGCCCCCUAGAGUCGCCGGAAAAUCCAAGGUUAAGCACCCGAAGCCCAGCAAAUGGGCAGACAAAUGCAUGUACGCGGAGCUCCUCGAGAUGAGGGAGGGCGGGUUCGACGCCCCGGGCGACUUGCGCGACGGCAUACCGGACGACAUUGAGACGGGAUGGGUAGCCGUUACGCCCGUUCCCGCAGGAAAGCGCUGUCUCGCUGUGACCCACCAAACGUCAGGAAUCGCAGGCGUCGUGCCGAACACUACGUUGCGUUCGCGCGUGCUCGGGAAGCCGCUGAUAAAGCCCUUCCCGUCGACCCUACCGCCACAGACCGUGCUUGACUGCAUCCUCGACGACAACUGGCGCGACAACGGUAUCCUCCACGUCCUCGACGUCGUCACCUGGAAGGGCCAGGACCUCGGCGACUGCGAAACCCCGUUCCGGUUCUGGUGGCGCGACACCCGCCUCUCCGAGCUGCCCUCGUACCCGCCCCCACCCAACGCUUUCGCACCCUCCGCGUCCUCUCCCGCUGAACCCCACCCCCCGCGCUACCAAUUCCCGCACCCGACGGCGUUUGUCCCGAUCCCAUACCACACCAACACGACCCUCCCCAACCUCCUCUCCAC